GGCGUGUCCUGAGGCGGCGGGGCGGGGCCGGGGGCGGGGCUGCCGCGGGUGCCCAGCGCCGCCGCUGGCGCGGAGGGCAGUCACCGCCUCGGCCGCGACAGGUGUGCGGGACCCGCCUCCGGCCGCCGCAGGUAUUGGCAGUAAGAUGGAGCCCUCCCCGUUUAAUAGAAGACAGUGGACUUCACAGUCUUUGAAAAUCACUGCGAAAGAGCUUUCUCUAGUCAACAGGAACAAGUCGUCGGCCCUGGUGGAGCGGUUCUCCAAGUAUCAGAAAGCAGCUGAAGAAGCCACUGCUGAGAAGAAAAGAAGUAGUGCAGAAAAUCUUCCCCCUCAUUUAAGAAGGGGGAAUCUGAGUGUACUCAAGAAGAAGUGGGAGAAUCCAGCGCUGGGAGAGGAGUCUGGGAAGGAAACGCAGCGAAGCAGCUGUGCUGAGGUUCGGCGCAAGGUCGGCAGCCCCGGAGCAGCGGGGAGCAGCCCCACGUCUCCCCCAGGGACGGAGCAAAACCCGGGGGCUGGUGCCACCGCGGCCACCCGGGCCCCUUCGGGCAUCCCCGGCCAGCUGCCCUGUCACAGCCCCAGCACAACGUCGAGAAGCCACUCGGUGGAGAGCGGUCAAAUGGAAAACUGUCCGCGAGAGCCCAGGGAGGUGGAAAAGCCCGAAGGCAGCGAAAGCGCGGACUCUUCGGGGAAGAUCGAGAAAUACAGCGUCCCGCUGAACAAGCUCAAGAUGAUGUUUGAGAAGGGGGAAGCGGCUCAGAGCAAGGUCCCCAGAGAGCCGAGGAAGCCGGCGGGGGGCAGGAGGAUUUCUGAAAACAGCCUCUCUUCGGAGGACUUCGAUGUUGGCCAAGGGGAGAAGAGCCGUAGUACAUCAGAUAAUAGUCCAGCGCUCAGCCCAGAGAAGACCGAGAGCAAGAAAAGCCUGGAGAUGCCUCGCUUGACGGAAACGUCGAUAAAGGAUCGGCUGGCGAAGUACCAGGCAGCUGUGUCCAAGCAGGGCAGUUCCACCGGCCCCAGCACUACGAAUGAGAUUCAAGGCAGUGACAGUGACCGCAAGAAUUACAGAUGUGAGCAGAAGGAGAAUGUGCCACCAGGUGCUGAGGACUCCGUGUCCCGUCAGGAUGGGGACAAGGUUUCUGGAGGGGAGAACAGCUUGGCUUUCCACUCUGCUCUUCUGGAGGACGGCAAUGUUGGACAAAACUUGGAGAGCGAGACAGAAGGUCAGAAACCUGUGAGCACAAAGCAGCAAAACUCCGGUUCUAAACCCGCUGGCCAGACAGAUGCGUCUCUGCCUAAAGCAGUGAAGAAAUUUCAGUUGCCAAUGAAGGAAACCUGUGUUGGGUGUCAGAAGACCGUGUACCCCAUGGAAAGGCUUCUUGCCAACAAGCAGGUGUUUCACAUCAGCUGUUUCCGCUGCUCCUAUUGCAACAGUAAACUCAGUCUUGGGACAUACGCAUCUCUGCGAGGAACUAUUUACUGCAAGCCUCACUUCAAUCAGCUCUUCAAAUCUAAAGGCAAUUAUGAUGAAGGCUUUGGACACAAACAGCAUAAGGAAUUGUGGGCAGGCAAAACUGAAUGUGAAGAAUCCCCAGAGAAAAGUGUCCAUGGUGUAAAUGCAACAGAAAAUCCGCAAAGCUCAGGAGUAGAGGACGCCCCGAUUGCAAAAGUUGGAGUUCUGGCAGCAAGUAUGGAAGCAAAAGCUUCGGCUUUGCCUGAAAGAGAAGAGAGACCAGCAGAGACAAAGAAGCUCAGGAUUGCCUGGCCGCCUCCGUCUGACCAAAGUGUUCAGGGAAGUGCCUUAGAUGAGGGCAUCAAAGUGUUCAAACCCAAGUGGCCCCCGGAAGAGGAGACAUCCAAGCCAGAUGUGCUGGAGGACGUGGAUCUGGAUCUCAAAAAGUUAAGAAGAUCUUCCUCGCUGAAGGAGAGAAGUCGUCCCUUUACAGUCGCAGCCUCGUUUAGAACAGUAUCUGUGAAAGGCCAAAAAUCAGAGAAUUCAUCUUCUCCUUCUAAGGCAGAGAGAGAUAUGCUGAAAAGAAGUGAGGAACUGGAGAGAGAGGUCGUGGUAGACAAAAAGCAAAAAGAAAAGAAGGUUGAGAAUAGGAAGAUCCAGAGUGCUGAAGAGCAAAACGUAGAGGAAGAACGGGAAUUGGCUGGUAUCAAAACAGCGGAGCACAAUCUUGUAGAAAAUGGCCAGGUGAAUGCAGACACAGAUGAGGAAGAACACACCUUGGAAGAGCAGGAAAUUCCAAAUGAAGAACUCCUUGAGCCAAAUUCUCCUAAACAUUCCGACUUAGCCAAUGUCUUGACUGCUAAGGAAUCAUCUCCUGACCAGAAUCGCAAAUCCCAAGAUGUUGGUUUCUGGGAGGGUGAAGAUAUGGAAGAUCUGUCAGUGGAAGAACAGAUCAAACGGAAUCGUUACUAUGAAGAUGAUGAUGAAGAAUAAAUUGGCCUUUUACUAGAAAACUUGUUGCAAGGUGCUGGGCCUUUUUAAAUUGGUGAUUUUAGCUUUAACAAACAGCUGUCCUCCACAAAAGCGAUGCUAUACUGCACAUCGGCAUUAAGGGAAUCCUCUGUACAAAUUAUCUCAACUAGAAAAAUACUCCAGAAGCCUGCAAAGAGUAUAUUUAGGCGCGUGGAAACAAGGAUGUGGCUGUGGGACAGCUUCAACAGGUAACUCUGCCCCCAGCACGAGAGCAGAGCUGUUCUGUGCUCCUACCGUCUUAUCCUCUUGGAGCUUCAGUAUGUAUUUCACUAUCAGUUUCUGGAAUUUCACUGUACUCGCCAUGGUGCUGUGAAACAGGCUGUUGCUAGACCACUGUUCUACCACUCCAGAUGCUACUGCAGCGCUUAGGGACCAAUUUCAAAGGGACUUUCUGGCCUGCUUUCCAAGUGGUGACUUAAUGCACUUUAAUACAUGUAAAGGGCACAACUGGAUAUUUCUUUUUUUAAUAAUGAAAACAUGUGCUUAGUGUCCAACAACGAAGGCAUCUUAAACUGAGUGGAAUGUGGCUUUUCUUUCUCAAAACUGGCGGUGAUCAAUUGAAGGCUCCCAACUCCCUUUAUUUUUCUCUUUUCAACUGGAAUGGUGUGCCUGUCGCGGGAACGUACGUAUUUUAGUGCUUAUCCAGAAGCUGUGCUGAUUGACAGAUCUCUUUGAGGACAAGUCAACACUUUGGCAGUAGCCUGCAGGGCAUUACUUUUGCAUUUCAUACGCAUUUGAAGUGGUGUUGUCUUUUGUUUUUCGUUUACUCGGAGUUCAUCAUCAUUCCUUUUCAACUGCAGAUGAUAUUUUUAAGGCCUUUCGACAACUUUGAAAUCUCACUUGUAUCAAGCUGCCGUAAAUCUUUCCGUUAUGGCCGUGGAAUUCCGCCGCAUUGCAAGAAUCUCUGGAAUAAAACCUUUUGAAGAGUUAAACUUGCUGAUUGCUAGCAUUGAAGCUUAGUACAUUUUUAAACUUGACUUCAUAUAUUUUACGAAUAAUGAAAUCUUGAAUGGUGGGAGGAGGAUGCCCUUUUAUAUUAGCUUUUAUUUGUACUGUAUUCUCAUGAGAAUUAGCUCUUAACUAUACUUGAGGUGUAAAAUAUCCUGCUUUCUUAACAGUCUUGCUAACUCCAAAACCUUCAAUAAAGUUCGGUCAUUUACAUUAAAA